AACAGCAGCUGUUGAAAUAAAUUUAUGCAAAUUGAAUUGUUCAUUCUUUUGCAAAUAUUCGAAUUGAAUAGACGUUUGAACGUGUUGUUCGGUGCGGUGUAAAUUUAGCUCGCCUUCCGUCUCACUCGAUUGCGUUAUUGCUGCUCGCAUAUAUUAUCGGUGUGAAAUUACUUUUUUCGCAAAUUUGUUCGAUAAAUCUUUUCCAAGAUGCCAAAACUUCAGAAGCCUGCCCCUCACUUCAAGGGGACUGCCGUUGUUAAUGGCGCUUUCAAAGAGAUCGAUUUGAAUGACUUCAAGGGCAAGUACUUGGUGCUGUUCUUUUACCCAUUGGACUUCACCUUCGUGUGCCCCACCGAAAUUAUUGCUUUCUCAGAUCGCGCGGCUGAGUUCCGCAAUAUUGGAUGUGAGCUUGUAGCUUGUUCAACUGACAGCCACUUCACGCAUUUAGCAUGGAUAAAUACUGCUCGCAAGCAGGGUGGUCUUGGGGAUUUGUCUAUUCCCUUGUUGGCAGAUAAAUCCAUGAAGAUUGCACGUGACUACGGUGUGUUGGACGAAGAUACUGGCAUUCCCUUCCGUGGCCUAUUCGUCAUUGACAAAAGCCAAAACUUGCGCCAGAUCACCAUUAAUGACUUGCCAGUUGGCCGCAGUGUCGAUGAAACUUUGCGUUUGGUGCAGGCCUUCCAGUUCACCGACGAGCACGGUGAAGUGUGUCCAGCUAACUGGAAGCCCGGUGCGAAAACCAUGAUUGCUGAUCCUAAGAAGUCCAAGGAGUACUUCGCCGUCGCCUCUUAAGCUAAUCACGUUCGGUUAGUAACGACGCUGGAAGUUGUAUGUUAAAGGAAAUUACAAAAAUAUUUCGUUCGAAUUAAUAUUGCAAGUCACGGAUCAGCAAAACACAAAUAACAAAAGCACUUAAAGUGCGCUUUAAUGAGGCCCUCUUUUUUUCUAUUAGAUCGUAGUUCUUUACACAUACAUAUAACUAAUACACAUACAUAUAUAAUA